UACAAAACCCUUUUGGAACCAAAAGUUUCUAGGAGCGAAUCAAUGGUUUGGGGUCUCUUUCCCGUCGAUCCUCUUUCAGGUGAAGAUAAGUACUAUAUCUUUUCAAAGGGUAAUUACAAGAUUGGUCGAAAAGGAUGUGAUAUAAUUAUCAAUAAGGAUAAGGGGGUAUCUAGGAUCCACGCAGAGUUAACCUUUGAUGCAACAGCUGUUUCAACCUCUCUGAGGAACAAAUCUUCUGAUACCUCCUCGUUUGUUAUCCGUGUCAAAGAUUGCUCAAAGUAUGGGACUUUUAUCAAAACUGACAUGGGAAAAAGAGAGAAAGUUCAUGAGCUACCUAAUAAGGAGAAAAUUCUCAGAGAUGGAGAUGUUUUAACGUUUGGUACAGGUUCAGCAACUUACAGGUUGUCCUUGAUUCCGCUUGUAUUUUACUUCUGCCCUUCCUCUGAGACCUUUAAGGUGGAUCAGUCGGUACAAGAUGCAGUUUCAUCAAUUGGUGCUCGUAUUUCUUCUACCUUGAGUGAGGAGUGCACUCAUGUGCUUCUUGAGCCACGUAUGCAAGUGAAUGAAGCUCUGGUCAAUGCUGUUUUAGCCAAAAAACCAAUCAUUUUGACCAAUUGGGUGAAGCUUCUCGCAGAGAAAAGUAUCUGCAGCGAAAUUCCUGGAUACAGUCAGUACAGACCAUCAGUGAUAGUUGAAGAAACUUUGGUGGAUGUACUAGAAUUAAACGUUCGUGAAAAAUGUCUAGAAGGAUAUACCUUUGUCUUGGAACCAACAGAAACGUAUAGAUUUGGUUGCAGCUUCCCAUCUUUACUUGAAUUAUGUGGUGCAGAGACCGUUACUUUAGCAGACAUAAGCUCCAUGAGUCAGGAUUCUCAGUUUGGAGAACUUAAUCGCAUGAUAUGUGUCAUCCCGAAAAGUUCAGGAGACAAAUUUGGCCGUUUGAAGAAUCUCAGUUUGUUAUCUAGAGUGAACGAGAUGGAUUUAGUAUGCGCAGUCUUUUCCGGAAAUCUAUCUUCGACUUCACUGAUACCACCUUCCGUUGUAAUUUCAUCCUCGUGCUCUACGGAUGAGACAGUGGUAGCGGAUUCUGAUGCCGAAGAGGAAGAAACGACAUCGUCUGUUCAUAUGAUUGAUACUACCGGAAAGCCAGAAACACCAGAGAAGCCUGCUGCUAUUGUAAUAGAGGAUAGUCCGGUUAGGAUAUUGGAAGACACAAUGAAUUUGGAUGAGUGUAGAAGCGUAAACAUAUUAGCAGAUACUGAAAAUAGAGCCCACAUCGACGAAAAGAACUCAGGUGGUAGUGUGACAAUCCCAAGGGAUCGGAACGAUGAGCCUGAAUCUGGGAACUCGGAGAUUAUAUACACUCAAGAUCUUAUUGUUAGGGACUUGCGAUCAACUAGAAAAAUUCAUUCUACAGGAGAGGAAGGAAUUGUGGACUUCAAGCGAUUCAGAAAGGGAAAUGUUACAUGCGGAAACAGCUUCACUAGCCUAAUACCUUUUGCGAAGGAUCCAUACAAAGAAUACGACAGCGGGGACGUGACAGAUUUUAUGAAAGAAGAGAAGAAAAGAAAGCAGAUGGAAGCCAUUGCAGAGGACUUGUUUAAUACUGAAAAGGCUAGAAAGCGUGGAACGGCUGGUUCCAUUCACGGGUUUCUCACUCGAGGUUGAGGUUUCGAGGACUAUUUCAGAAGUGAGUCAGAAGAAAAAGCCUUUGGAAGAACGUUUGAGAGUGGUGGUGGCAUGUUUCUGGAUCACUAGUAGGAACUAAACACAAUCUUGCCGUUUCUUUUUGUUCUUAACGACUUCAUCAAUAUAUGUAGUCUGCACACUGGGAAGUGUAGAUACAUACAUGCAAAUAUAUAUAUAACCAUCUUUGGUAUC